AUGACUCUUGAGAGGAUCCAUCUGCCACUGUCUCUGCUGCUGCUGCUGCUGCUGUCAUUGUUAUUGCAGCCAGGGGGUUGCCAGAUUAUUAUCUUUGGUAAUGAGACCGGUGUGCAAAGAUUCUGGAGGCUUCAUGUGGACUAUCCGAAGAGCAACAUGUCUGGUGGGGACAGUCAGUAUUGCACAGCCAUGAUUCAUAGUCGCCAGAUCUUGGAUAAGGGCAAAUGCAAACAGGAGAACACUUUCAUCCAUGCUGUGGCAGGAGACAUUUUUGACAUAUGCAAAACCCCAAGAGUGAAGCACUGCUAUGAUGUAACAAAAAACUGUCACCUGAGUGACAUUUCCUUCACACAGACCCUAUGUGUCCUCCAAGCACGCAGCCGUUUCCCCAAGUGUACAUAUAUGGGCUUCCCCAAAUUCAAGAAGAUCUGGUUGGCCUGUGAAGGCAUCCCCCCGGCUCCUGUGUACUUAGAUCCAUAA